GCGGUUUGAAGCCUAGGAGGUGUUGUUCGUGGCUACAUGACUGUAUUUCUUAUUUUAAUCAAGUUCUGAAGUGGACAUGCAGAUGGAUGCAGAAAACGAGGAUUGUUUCAGAUCUACGAAACAUUAAUAAACGGGACACAGGAGCGUCUGACCCCCAUACUGCGAGAUGUGACAGGAUGCUGAACCAUCACUGCAGAAGGAACCCAGAGUUGCAAGAAGAGCUGCAGAUCCAGGCAGCGGUGGCAGCCGGUGAUGUCUACACCGUUCGCAAGAUGCUGGAGCAGGGCUAUUCGCCCAAGAUCAGAGACGCCAAUGGCUGGACGCUGCUGCACUUCUCUGCAGCAAAGGGCAAGGAACGCUGUGUGCGCGUAUUCCUCGAACACGGAGCGGAUCCCACAGUGAAGGACUUCAUCGGAGGCUUUACUGCACUGCAUUAUGCUGCCAUGCACGGCCGUGCCCGCAUUGCUCGCCUCAUGCUGGAAUCAGAGUAUCGUAGUGACAUCAUCAACGCCAAAAGCAACGAUGGUUGGACUCCUUUACAUGUGGCGGCUCACUACGGGCGUGACUCCUUCGUGCGUCUCCUCUUAGAGUUCAAAGCCGAGGUGGACCCGCUCAGCGAUAAAGGCACAACUCCACUUCAGCUCGCAAUUAUCCGUGAACGCUCGAGCUGCGUGCGCAUUCUGCUCGAUCACAAUGCCAACAUAGACAUUCAGAAUGGCUUCUUGUUGCGUUAUGCCGUCAUUAAGGGCAACCACUCGUACUGCCGUAUGUGCCUUCAACGGGGAGCAGACACUAAUCUGGGCCGUCUGGAGGAUGGACAGACACCGCUGCACCUGUCAGCGCUCAGAGACGAUGUGCUGUGUGCUCGGAUGCUUUACACGUAUGGAGCCGAUACGAACACGCAGAACUACGAGGGCCAGACACCUGUGGCUGUUUCAGUCAGUAUGUCUGGGAUUAGUCGGCCCUGUCUGGACUUUCUGCAGGAGGUCACAAGGCAACCCAGGACUUUGCAAGAUCUGUGCAGGAUAAAGAUCCGGCAGUGCAUCGGCCUCCAGAGUUUAAAGUUUCUGGAAGAUCUGCCCAUUGCCAAGGUUAUGAAGGACUACUUAAAACACAAAUUUGACAAUGUUUGACAGAGGCUGACAAACUGUAGCCUAGCGCAUUUCUGGAAGUAGGUGCACAGUUUGUAAAACCAUGUUUGUACAGAGUGAAAAUUCAUACGGAGUAAUGACUGCAACAGGGAGCAAUGUAAGUUGAUGCGUUUGUAGGUGUUGGUUUGUGCACUAUGGGGGCAUGCCUUGAGAAAUUUCUAACCCAUGAGAGAAGAAUUUUGGAAAAUGUGAAAGCUUCAUUUGUACAAAAUAUAUUUUUCUUUUUUAAUCAACAAGGCCUUUGUAAAUAUUUGACAUUUGAUUGUUUUAAUUCUCAGACAGAAAAAGAUAUAACCCUUUAAAACUAUGGGGAAAAAUUGACAUAUUCAGGACACCCACACAAUUUUGUAUAAAUACAAAUGUGCAUGUGUUAACCGUAUUAUGAUUUUUGCUCUGGAGAAAUACUUUGACCACUUUUUCUUUUUUUCUUUUUUAAGUUAUUAACAUUAUAACAGCUCUGUUAAGAAUUUUUAUUUUUAUUUUAUUACAGCAAAAUCUUAUUGUCUCAGUUUGAGAGUGACCUUUUUUAUUUGUUUUGAAAAAUAUACAUCGGACAAAAUAUACAUUUACAAAUCAUUUUAAAUAUCAGGUGCUUGGCUUUAAUUUCCAUUGAAAGGCAUAGGAAAAGGUAUAGUUGCAACAAACUGAACAUAUACACUCAUAAAUCAUUAACAAAGUCAUAUGUACAGCAGAUAUUUUUAGACUAUUUAAGCCACAAGCUUGUAUCAAAGUGUUUCGGGGUUUGAGUGAUUAUUUUUCAUAUGACAUGUCAAGGGCUUUGAUGUGGGAAAGUUUGGACCCAUAAUUAAAAGAAAAUCAGAAUCAAUUACUAAUCAAUUGAUGCUUAAAUUUUAGUUGGCCAUAAUUUCUUUAGGAUUUUUUGUUGUGCACAAAAAAAAUAUCUUAAAUACUGGCAAUCUGUAAAAGUAAAAAAAAAUCAGGCUUUUCUUUUUCUGUGUCAAAUCUAGGUAUUUUAAAUGCACUUUAGAGGGUUUUUUUUUCUACAAAUAUAAACAUUUUGUCACAGCAUCUUGUAAGGUCUGCAUAGCAUUUAAAAAAUGUACUUUUUUUAUUUUUAUGUUAGUGGGUCAUCGCCUUUUAUGUCCCCAGUACGAGAUUUGGUAUUUAUAAUUUUUAAUUUCAACAGAGUACAAAUGUAAUUGGCUUGUUAAAAGGAUUAAAGACUAUUUAUAAUGCUCUGCUGUAAAAGUAAAAUUUUAAAUAACUGAAAUCAUUUUAAUGUUUUGCACUAGUGUAAUUUCCCCCAUGUCCUUAGAGCUGCAUGUCAAACAUCUUUGACCAAAAUAUGUAGUUAAUCAUUGGAUUUCUGUUCUAUCCCCCAUACAAUUAAGUGGUUAGUAUUACAUUCUCUCACUAGUGUGUAUUCAUUUGUGGUAAACUUGUAAUUAUAACACUGAUAGUGAAGGUUUUUUGUGUCCCUUGACUUAUCGCCCACCCUAUUAUGUCAUAACACUCUGACCUUCAAUUGAAGAUCUAUGUUAUGAAAUGGCAUCAAACACUGUUGAUGUCGGCUAUAUCUGUUUUAUUUAUGUUUUCCUUUAUUUUGUGAUGUUAGUCAUAUGUGGUCAAGCAUAGCGUGUCCACUCUGUUAUGGGAAGAUAUAGAGAACAUUAAUGUCAUUUUAAAAUUUCAAUAUAUUCAUAUUUAAAGAAAUAAUAUAAUUACUGUAAUUUUACAAAUAUGUUAGCUAGAUAUCAUUCACAGACCAUGUAGUGGUAAUUUAACCCACAGAAUGUCUACCCUGACCCUGUCCACCUAACAGGAUUUUUUUUUUUUUUUGUCAUAAAGCUUGACCUGUAUGAUUUAUAUACAUCUCCCUUUAAUGGUGAAACAUUAAAGUACUUAUAAAAGUAUUUUUGAUUUUUCAUAAUUUUCAAAGCCGAAAAGGCACGGAAUUGAGGAAUGACACUAGUAUUCUAAAAGUACUUUCACUCGUUGUUACUAGAGUAUUUUUUCCCCAAACCGGUUGUAACACUAACUGCCUUGACUUGCAUUCAGUGACACAGCAGAGCUACAGCAUUUCACCACAUCAUGAACACAAAGUGCAUUAAAUUGACCUGCCACAAUAUUAAAUUGUUUCAUUCUCUCUUUAACAGUGGCAUUGUUUGUGUGAGUUUACUGUGUUUUUUUUUUUUUUAAUUUUUAUAAGUGGGACUGAAACAGUCCCUGUACUGGGAAAAGUGUUUGUUACCAUAAUCUAUUGAACAUCAGAACAAGGUUUGGAGGACUUAUUUUAGAGCCAUGGUAUGCUUGAGCAGUUGGAAUUGUCUAAUAAUUGGAAGUCUUCCACAACAUCAACUACUGAAUGUAUUUAAUCUGCUGUUUGCUGAGUUUCAUAUGUACAAUUGUGUGAAUAAUAUAAUGUCCCCAUUUGUUAUUUUUCCAAGUAUUAUUGCUGGAAUUUGAAGCAGUAAUUGUGACUUUUUAAUAAAAUGUCU